AUGCCACUUCCAAAUGAAACCAACAUCAGGUUUAUGGAAAACAUGUUGAUAGCUGAAGAGUUUGCGUAUGAUAAGGAAUCGUUGAAGAUAGAGCAUGAAACAUUAGUAACACAAUUGACGGAUGAGCAAAAGAAUGUUUACAACUCUGUGAUGAAUGAUAUUGAUUGUAAUGGAGGUGGACUCUUCUUUGUGUAUGGUUACGGAGGAACAGGCAAGACAUUCGUGUGGAGGACGUUAUCCUUAAUGAUAAGGAGCCGCGGAGAUAUUGUUCUAAAUGUUGCUUCAAGUGGAAUAGCAUCUUUAUUAUUACCGGGAGGAAGGACAGCGCAUUCUAGAAUUGCUAUACCACUCUCAUUGAAUGAAGAUUCCACGUGCAAUAUAUCGCAAGGUAGUGACCUUCCUGAGCUUAUAAUUAGGAGCAAAUUGAUAAUAUGGGAUGAAGCACUAAUGACUCACAAACACUGUUUUGAGGCUUUGGACAAAACCAUGAGGGAUCUAUUGAGGUUUGCCAUACCGAGUAGUGCUGAAAAGACAUUUGGUGGAAAGACAACAAAUUGCAAGGUAUUGAGGCUCACGAAAAACUUGAGACUAUGGAGCUUAGCUUCAAAGGAAGAUAGGCAGACGGUUGAUUGGUUUUCAAAAUGGAUUGCAAACAUAGGAGAUGGGAUAACAGGGGUUGUAAACAAUGGGUUGUCUGAGAUUGAUAUUCCGCCAAGCUCAUCAGUGUUUAAAAUGCAGCAGAAGAAGCAGUACUUGCAUGAGCUUCUGAGAGAAGAGCAAGAGCCCUUUCAGCUCAACACUUACAUUGCCGACCGGAGGUGUGAGAACCGCCGCCUUCCGUCGCCGCCCAAAACCUCUGUUCAGCUCAAGAAGUGCUCUGCUACGAAGCGCAGUCUCUAUAAACAUGCAUGUUUCUUCUCCUUCCAAGAUUCCUCCUCCUCGCCGGAUGUUCGCAAGUCUCCUCUCGCCUUUCCCUCGCCUCUCUCCGCUUCAAGAACGCCGAAUGGGCGGGUGAGGCUCAACGUUCCGGCGAGAACGGCGGCUUUGCUUCUCGACGCGGCCUUGAGGAUUCAGAAGCAGCAACAACAGGGUGAGAAAAAGGCGAGACCCCAGAUUGGUUUGGGGCUGUUUGGGUCCAUUUUGAAGCGGUUGAAGGACUGA